GAGGGACAGUGACACACAGACAGACACACACAGACAGACACAGACAUACACACACUGCAGUGCAGAGACCCUGCUGAGUGAGGAGGAGGAUGAAGAUGAAGAUGAAGAUGAAGCUGCCUUUUGUUUCUAUUGUGAUGGUUAUGAUGUCAGUGCCGGGUGUGACAACAUUUAUUCGAACCACCUCUACUACAUGGACAACAGGUGCACCUCGUCCUGUAGUAAAUUUGAAUGGGAAGAUGUUCACCUUAUCUUCUAAUGGAGGAGGAAUCACCUUCUAUCCCGCCUCCUACAGCCCCCCCACCCCUAGGACUAAGACCACCACCACCACCAACCCUAGGACCACCACCACCACCCCUAGGACCACCACCACCCCUAAGACCACCACGACCACAACCACCCGUAGGACCACCACCACCCCUAGGACCACCACCCCCCCUAAGACCACCACCACCACCCCUAAGACCACCACCACCCCUAAGACCACCACCACCACCCCUAGGACCACCACCCAGUGGACCACCACCCCUAGGACCACGCCGCUUUCAACUACAGGUUUGUCUGUGUGUCUGCGUUACCUCACUGACUAUAUGGAAACAAGAAACCCCCCACUCCUCAAACUCUUCCCAUCCAGCUCAGACCCUGUGACUCUGAGAACCAGUUACAGUUCUCUCUACACACUGUCCUGGGGAUAUAAGACACCAACUUUCAGACCCAACAUUCAAUUCUGGCCUGGAGGUUUUCACCCGGACAUAUGGACCAGAGUCUGUGUCACCGUGGACAGUGCAAAGAAUGUAGGGCAGGUGUUCAGUGGAUCAAACAUGAGCAUCAGGAAGAUACUGCCCCAUCAGCUUCCACAGGGAAACGAUCCUGUGAUCUAUGUUCCAGGAUUUGAUGGUCAGUUGACAGACGUCCAGAUGUGGGAUUAUCCUCUAAACUACAGAGAAAUCAUCCAAUACAUGAGGCCCAGCACCUACAGGCCGUCCCGUGGCUCUGUCCUCACUUGGUCCGACAUCAGCUACUCUCUCGGUGGAAACGCUCUGUUGGAGGACACGUACGAGACGCAGGAGCAACAGCCAAUCAGCAAAAGGGGGAGGGGCCGUGGCCUGAGGAGAGAGAAGAAGAGCAGGAUGGUUUUUAAAGUGGAGGAGAGUAAGAAAAGAGAGGGAGGAGAGUUUCAGUGAAACAUACAGAAGCAGAUGGAGAGCAAGCUGCAUCCUCUGUUCCUCAUUUAAUCAUCCAAUAACAACUCAGAAUGAAUCAAUAAUCAUCCAAUAAUAACUCUGAAUGAAUCAAUAAUCAUCCAAUAAUAACUCAGACUGAAUCAAUAAUCAUCAUUUAUCAAUAUCAAAUCCAAUGAUUUGAUACAAUUAUAUUUACACAAACAGUACUGAAUAGUCUCAGUAAUACCCUGGAUUCUAUAUAUUCAGUUCAUUAACACUAACACUUUGGAUUUUUGUCACUUUUCCUGAAGUGAGGAACAUAUGGGACAUAUUUAGGGAACUGAUAUCUACUAGUACAUGGGACAUGUUUAGGGAACUGAUAUCUACGAGUAUAUGGGACAUAUUUAGGGAACUGAUAUCUACGAGUACAUGGGACAUAUUUAGGGAACUGAUAUCUACUAGUACAUGGGACAUGUUUAGGGAACUGAUAUCUACGAGUUUAUGGGACAUAUUUAGGGAACUGAUAUCUACUAGUACAUGGGACAUGUUUAGGGAACUGAUAUCUACGAGUUUAUGGAACAUAUUUAGGGAACUGAUAUCUACUAGUACAUGGGACAUGUUUAGGGAACUGAUAUCUACGAGUAUAUGGGACAUAUUUAGGGAACUGAUAUCUACUAGUACAUGGGACAUGUUUAGGGAACUGAUAUCUACUAGUACAUGGGACAUGUUUAGGGAACUGAUACCUACGAGUACAUGGGACAUAUUUAUGGAACUGAUAUCUACGAGUACAUGGGACAUAUUUAGGGAACUGAUAUCUACGAGUACAUGGGGCAUAUUUAGGGAACUGAUAUCUACGAGUACAUGGGGCAUAUUUAGGGAACUGAUAUCAAUGUGUGUGAAAGGUGCUGCAGCUAAAUUGGAUUCAAGGGAGCGACAUCUUUGCGUUUGAUUAAUAAACAUCAGCUGUGGGCAUCAUGUGAGCGUCAAUAAAGAUCAACCUCAUCAACACGUC